AUGUUCCAGGUUACAUCUUUCCCAGGAGUGGCUGUUUGCUGCUUCAGCACAUCCUCCACUAAUGAACACCCAGAACAUGGAAGAUUAGUUUAUAAAGGACAUUUGGCAAAGACAGUUUUAGGUGUGAAGUUUUUCUCUUACUCCACCAGCAUAUUCAACCUGUUCAUGUUGCCCCAAAUCAUGCUCAAAAGUGGCAUUGGAGUGGAUAGUUUGCUUCUGCAAGCUGCUUUCUAUGGGAUGAUUGGGUUCUUCACGUUUGUCACUCCAGUGACGUUGCAUGUCCUUACAAAGGGCUACGUGAUCCGACUCUAUUACAAAGAUGACAUGGACACCUAUACAGCCAUUACCUACAAUGCCAUCCUGGCAGAGAAAGUAACUGUUUUCCAUCAGAAGGAUGUAAAGAUUCCAGACAUCACCAAGAUGUUUACAACAUUUUAUGCCAAAACGAAAUCAAUGCUUGUUAAUCCAACGCAUUUCCCAAAUCCCCAGGAUUAUAACCAUCUCAUGGGCUAUGACAAACACUCAUAUUUUAAAUUAGAGGAGGUAAAGGAAACUGAUGAAAGGAAGUAA